GCGGUUCUUGGUGGGCUCCGCCGAUUGUGGGAGUUUGUCAGUGAGUCAGUAGUCAGUCGUCCCUCGCCACCGUCAAUAAAGUCAAGUAAAGAAAUAAAAGCCAAGCAAAUCACUUGGAUUUAAUGAUAUAAAUAAUAUUUUUCUCCAAAACCAACAAAAGGGAAAAGUCCACAAGUCGUUCCCCUUUGUGGUUUGAUCCGGGGCUCUGUUCGGUGUUUCCGUGUCGAGUAGAUGGAAGAGGGAAAGGCUUCCGAGAGCCAUAUGGCUUCUGCGGCUGCUUUUGUGGAAGGAGGAUUACAGGAAGCGUAUGAAGAUGCUUGCAGUAUAUGCCUUGAAGCUUUUUGUGAUAGUGAUCCUUCGACGUUGACUAAUUGCAAGCAUGAGUACCAUCUUCAAUGCAUUCUCGAGUGGUGCCAGAGAAGCUCCCAAUGCCCAAUGUGUUUGCAACCCAUCAGCUUUAAGGAUCCCGACAGCCAAGAAUUGCUCGACGCCGUGGAGCAUGAGAGGAAUAUCCGUAUGAAUCCGCCUCGAAAUACUGCUAUAUUUCAUCAUCCUACCCUCGGAGACUUUGAGUUACAACACUUGCCGGUAAGUGCAAGCGAAUCAGAACUCGAAGAGCGCAUUAUUCAGCACUUAGCUGCUGCAGCUGCAAUGGGAAGAGCCCGCCAUUUUGCUAGACGGGAAGGUCAGAGGAAUCGAACCAAUUCCCAAGGGCGUCCACAUGUUUUGGUGUUCUCUACUCAUCCUAACGGGGCUUCUGGCUCUUCUGUUGGUCAGCGAGAUGGAAAUCCGCCUCCUGCAGUCAUGAUUGCCGGCCCAAACUCCCCGUUUAUUACAGUCGGAGAAGACUCUACACACCUUACUGCACGGUCUCCUGAACAAGCCGAUCAUCCUGUGACUACUGCCCCUGGAUCGAGCUCAGGCCCAUCUCAACAUGGGACAACCUCAAACAAUAGGAGAUCUCCGCUGCACACUUCCCCGAACAGUCAAGACCGAGCUGGACCAUCUGAUUUUCAGUCAUUCUCGGAUUCCCUGAAAUCCCGCCUUAGUGCAUUGUCAUCAAGGUACAAAGAGUCCAUAACCAAGAGCACAAGGGGCUGGAAAGAGAGACUAUUUGCUCGCAACAAUAAUAAUGGACCCGAGUCCGUGACUGAAAUCCGCAGAGAGGCUGAUCAAGGAAAUGGUACCGGUACCGGUAAUGGUAAUGGUAAUGCGACGGUGACGAGAAUGAUGGACCAUCUGGCAGUAGCAGAUGAUGGUAGACCCAACACAUCUACACCGUUAGACACUUCAGAUGACGCCCCAGCCCCGGUUGAGAUGCCUGCAGCAGCAGAUGUUGUGAGUGACAGCCAUUCACCAAACAACCAUGAGGGCCGAGCACCUUGCGCGGGCUCUGCAUCAAACUAAGCCAAAGAAUUUAAUGGAGCUCCUGGAUUCCUUCCUUCUCUCAGUGGCCUACUCUACUCUACUCUACUCUACUCUACUCGAGGCGAUGCUACUGUGAGAACGACAAACUGAACUGCUGUGUUGAGGUCAUGUAGUAAUACUAAAUAGUACUAUUUUAUACCGUCUGUCAAGCUUAUUUACCGUCACUCUACAUGAUGAUGAGUCGAGUCUGAGUCUGAUUCUGAUUCUGAGACGAUUUGGUAGAAUAAAGAUAAACUGAACGGUGCAUGGGGUCUGGAGCAGUCCUCCUCCUUUGGAAGGAUUGUAUGAGAGAUUAUUAUUAUUGUUGCUGUUGCUGUUGAUGUUGUUGUUACAGAGAAUUGUAACAUGUAAAUCUUUUGCUACUAAAUAUGGUAUUAUGAAUUAUGAUGCUGCUAUUA